AAAAGUAGGCUUAAAACUCUGUGCAGCGUUAUAUUUCCAUUGUCAUUAUAAUAAUGUGAAAUACUGAGUCUUAUUUCCAAUUUUAAAUAUGUCUAUAGUAUUGGUAAGUUGGAAGUCAGGUUAUACAGAGUGAAGAAAAACCAGCCUACAUACUUCAAGUCUAUAACUUGAAGUUCAGGAUCAGUACUUUUAAUGUGCAGGGCUUCCUGCUGGUCUUUCAAUCCAAGGCAUUUCUUUUUUUACUUACUUAAGUCUCUGCAUAAGUUGUGACUUACAUAUUGGGCAACCAGUCUUUAAUGUUGCUUUCUAGUUAUUGUUGAACUCUGACCUGCCCACAAUUGGUUUUUAUCUUCUGCAAAAUACAUGCAAGGGCUCUGUUCUUUCUUUCCCAAGGGUCAAUGGAUGGACCUUUUCCUCAUCCUCGAUGGUCUUCUGAAGCAUCUGGGAAACGCUUUGCCUCUGACCUGGGACGUGGUCCAGCUCCCGUGAACAGCAGCUCCAGGAGCUCUUCUCCAGCCAAGGUGAUGGAUGAGGGCAAGGCUAAUAUGGCUACCAAAGGUCCCCCUCAUUUCCCAGGGGUAUCUCUCAUGGCCUCCCCUGUGGGAGGGCCCCUACCACCACCUGUUCGAUAUGGACCGCCACCUUGGCCACUUCCUGGGCCACUUCCUCGGCCACUUCAGCUCCGUGGGCCUUUUGGACCUCCACCAUUUGGUCCUGCUCUGCGUCCACCACUAGGCAUAAGAGAAUAUGCACCCGGUAUUCCACCUGGCAAAUGGGAUCUGCCUCUUGACCCUCGGGAUUUUUUACCAGGACCCGCACCACUUAGACCCUUAGGUUCAUUUGGUCCGAGAGAGUACUUCAUUACUGGAACCCGAAUACCACCCCCAAACCAUGGUCCCCAAGACUACUCACCAUCACCUGCUACAAGAGACUUAACAGUUUCAGGCUCUAGAGAUGAGCCUUCAUCUGCCUCUCAGAGCAGUAGCCAGGACUGUUCAUAGGCUUUAAAACAGCCUGUAACCAUCACCUCUGACACUUAGUCAGAAUGUAGACUGUACACUCUUCAUUGUGUAAACAGAUUAUUGGUUUUGAAAUCCAAAAGUCUUAAGGAUUUAUUUUUAGAAGUAAGCUGCCUUGGCAGUCUGCAUUUUUGAGCCAAAAAAUUCUAAAGUAUCAUUCCCCUUUUAAAUAAUGAUCACCACUUAAGCUAAAGUAGCCUUCCAAUUUUGAAGUGUGCAAUAAGGAAUACCUGUGUUUUAGUUAAUGUAGCAUAUAUAAUUGCUAAAUGAUUUAGAAUGUCAUAAAAUAUGAACAUUUCCUGUGGAAAUGCUUUAAGAACAUGUAUUUCCAUUAUCCUAUUUUGAGUCCAGUCCAGUUGAUAGAAAGCAAUGGUGUUCACAAGCUUGAAGUUUCUGUCUUAAUAUCUGGUCACAGAUUGUUAUGCUACAAAUGUUCACUCAACUUAUUUCCUAAACUUAUUUCCCUUUUGCUGAAGUUCUUUGUAGUGAUAGUAAAUAAAAAAUUGU